CUCAAAACUAUAGUGAGAUCAACAAACAAAGUGGGUGUAUAAAUGACGGCCUUCCAAAUCGAGACCAAGCAUAUGUUGUAACAUUAGAGUGAGAAAGCAUGGGAAGAUCUCCAUGCUGUGAUGAGCAUGGUCUCAAGAAGGGCCCCUGGAGUUCUGAAGAGGACCAGAAGCUCAUCCAGCACAUCCAAAACCAUGGCCAUGGUUGCUGGAUAGCCCUCCCCAAACUAGCUGGACUCAAUAGAUGUGGUAAGAGCUGCAGGCUAAGGUGGACAAACUAUUUAAGGCCAGAUAUUAAGAGAGAGAAGUUUUCCCGAGAAGAAGAGGACACCAUCGUUCACCUCCAUUCCAUCCUAGGCAACAAGUGGUCAUCUAUUGCCGCCCACCUUCCCGGCCGCACCGAUAAUGACAUCAAGAACUUCUGGAACUCCUGCUUGAAGAAGAAGCUCAUCCGCAUGGGCGUCGAUCCCAGGACACACCGACCAAGGGCAGAAGAACUUAUCGCCGGCCUGCAGCAACAUUUAUCCCACACAGUUCACGAAGAGUUCCUAGAAAGGGUACCGCGGGAAGAGCAUGCAGCUCAGCUGCAGGCGGCGGCUCGUGCACUGGCUACGCUGCAGUUCCUCGAUAGCCUUCUCCAGCCUUCAGCAACGGUAGGUAUCAGCAGUGGCAACGUGAACAGCCUUGACAGCAUCAUUUCUACGAUGGAACCCAUGAAACUGUUGGAGACAGCAAUUCCAUCUCUCUCUUCUUUUCCUUCUCCUGGCCCUUCACCAGCGUCUAAUUCACAAGCUCGCCACCACUGCUUUCCCGGGAUGUCAUACAGUAUUGAGCAGCCAUUGGGCAGUGCCAUCAACGAGGAAUCCUCUUUUGUUGUGCUCAGCGAGGAAGAGAGGAACGGCAUGAGAGCCUAUGAGGUUUCUUCUCCCUUUCUUCUUCCUCCGCUUUGCGAUUUCUCAUGGGGAAAUGGUGGGGCUGGCUGUAGCACUUCCAACUACGGUGGGAGUCUAUCUCCUUCUUCCUUGUGGCCUGAGAAUCUUGAAUGAUGCUCUUCUAUAUGAAUGAGUAU